AUGGACUCCGACCUCGAGGGCGUUAAUGCGGAAGUACCACAGGAGCAUACGCCAAUCGAGGAAAAAGAUGCUGCAGACGACAUUCCCGAGGUACAGUCUGAGUCAGAGGAUGACUCCCCCCAAACCGUGCACGUGCUCAACACUGUACAGGAGCGAGCGGCGAACAUCUUGACCAAAAUGGAGGUCACUCAUCCUGCAAUUCUCCGUGGCACCCCCGCCUACAAGGUCCUUCGAUGCUUCGGAAGAGUCUUACGCAACGACUCGAUCGGGCGCGACCUUUUCUGCCACAGUCGUCAAACAUGUCAGAUUCAAGUUUUCGUCUCGCACAACUGGCAUGGCAGCGCCUUGCAGAAGAUCCUGCUACUCCUCAUCGUGGAAAGUGGUAGACCAGCCUUGGUCGCUGGGCUUAUUGCCGCAACGCUUGCUGCAAUCGUGCAGCAUCUCGCGGGUAUUGCGACAGAGCCUCGAACUCCCGGCGCCGCCCUGUUCAGCCUCAUAAGUGGUUUGUUGGCUUCCACCGUGACUUUCUUUCUGUGGCGUCCGCAUCACCUGGUGUUCCUGGAUCGCAUUUGCAUUUCUCAGACGGACCGUCGGCUUAAAGGAAACGGUCUUCUGAACAUGGGGGCCAUCCUUCGGCAUUCGAGUUCAAUGCUGGUAUGUUGGGACGCGACGUACAUGGAAAGGCUUUGGUGCGCGUUCGAGCUUGCGGCAUUUCUCUUCAGCCAUGGUGAGGAGGCGAACCUUUACAUUCGGCCAACUCACCUCGGCUUGAGCAUGGUCGUGCUGUAUCUCAGCCUUUGGGGAACCAUGCUGGGAGUUGAUCUAUUUGCACCUGGAGCCAACUCCUGGCUCUGGUUCCUGCUCGUUCUUUGCGUCCUUUGCAUCAUUGGAUUCUAUUUUGUGGUGGACACAUUCCGUAACUACUUGGCAUCUGUGCAGAAUUUGCAGGAGAAGCUGAGCAGGUUCGCUUUUGCAGACACACGCUGCCAUUGCUGUUCAGUCAACCAUCUCCGUCGAGAUGGCACGAAGAUGCUUUGCGACCGGGAAAUCCUUCAAAAGUGCAUUCGCAGCUGGUUCGGAUCUAUUGACAAUUUCGACAAGUCCGUUCAGUCGUCGGUAUCUGCAGCCUUUCGGAAACAGCUUGGCAGGAAUACGCUGCCAUACCUAUGGAUGCUCGGCGUUGGGUCGCCGAUUCUCUGGGCUCUGCUGAGCAUCGUCGUCCAAGAGCUGCUUAUUGGGGAUUACACCCUCUUCGUGAGAGACACCGUCUAUUUACUGGCAUAUUGGCUCCUGGCGCUUCCUUUGAUCCUGGCCGUGACGUUCAAGCUGGUAUUCUGCAUGCGGAAACGCCGCGGCUGCAUUGUCGACUUUUUCUUGAACAGCUUCUGCGUGCUGGUCAUUUUGGUGAUGUUUGCGGCAGUCGACAUGUCCAAUGUGAUGAUCAAGAACCUGCUCGGUGCCACCUCGCUAGCAGAGGAUAUCGUCGAGGUGCUUCAUGAGCUGGUCUGGGCGGUGCUGCUGCUGCUAGGUGUUUUGUGUCUCUGGCGCCGUUCUAUCGUCGAAUGGCUCACAGUAGAUUCGGUCAGAGAGACCCCUGCGACUUUGCCUACCGUCUCGGCCGUCGGCAGUGGCCAAGGCCACGUCAUCUUUUGA